AUGUCGCCAACAGGGAAUGAAGGAGCUUCAGAAGCGCCAGAGGUGGCUGGACAACCUGUAGCGCCUCAUCCGUCCUUUAUACAGGUCGCAAACCCAUAUCUAUUUGAAAAGACGGUUCAGGAUUGCUUUGCUGCUACGGGGGUAAAUUCUCUCCGAGAAGAUAACAAUCGGCUCCAAGGAAUCACCUGGAUUGAUAAUGUUCGCAAGGCGCUUCACUUGCCUGUUCGGACGUUCAACACAGCGUCCAUUUAUUAUCACAAGUUUCGCCUGGUCCAUCCAGACAAUGAGUAUAAUUACAUAGAAGCUGCUGCAUCGGCAUUAUUUACCGCGUGUAAGAUCGAGGACACGCUCAAGAAAUCCAGAGACAUCCUGUGCUGCUCAUACAAUCUCAAACUCCCUCCAACAGAGCAACUAUCUGCGGAUGAUCCAAUUUUUGAAUCCCAUUCUCGGGCUAUCAUUGGCCUUGAGAGGCUGAUGUUGGAGUCAUCUGGAUUCGAUUUUCGAAACCGUCAUCCUCAAAAGGUCCUGAUGAAGCUUACACGGCAAUGCGGCCUUGGUAAAGACUCGAGAGUGGGACGAGUCGCCUAUACAAUCAGUUUGGAUUUGUAUAGAACAUUCGCUCCACUCAAACAAACGUCGGCUACAAUGGCCUUCGCCUGCCUAGAGUUAGCGGGCAGGCUGCUCGAAGAGCCAGUAGAGCAAAUCGAUUCGGAAGCAGAAUAUAAGCUGUGGGAAACGUCGCGCGCAGAAGUGAUGGAAACUAUCCUCGAUUUGCUCGAGCUAUACACGCAUAACCGUGCAUCGACCUCAGUCGGGCCCGACUUCUCCCUUGACCUGUUCCUCAACGUCCGUAUCCCGCUAAACGAGGAAGCAGACGCCAACCAGAUUCCCCGAUUUGCUUACUGGAAGAAGAGAAAAGCGGAUAGUAAUGGCGUGCAAUCAAAUGGCACAUCGUCAAAGAAAGCUAAGAACAACCACCACCACCAUAAUAAGGAUACCAACGACACAUCCACGUCUACCGAACAUCCCGCUCUGCUCGUGAACCCAAUGAUGCCCACUGCAGCUCACGACUCUGUUGCGAAGGCUAACGAACGCAGCCGAGACACGGCAAUUCGAUUCAUGCUGAACCCCGAGCAAGCGCAGUCAGAACGCGCGACGGUAGCAGAGUACUUCAAAGUCGAGAUGGAAGAAUACGAAGUGGAGGAAUAA